AUGCUCAAAACAGAAUUGAUUGAUUCUAAUAAAUGUUCUCCAUCAAAUGUAAUAAAAGAUAUUUUAAAUAUCAUUCCAUAUAAUAAUCGCUAUAUAAAGUCAUAUUUAUCUCUUGCCAAACUCAUCUCUGAUGAAUAUCAUGUGAAAGAGAUCAAAAAUAUUCCAAUGAUUUCUAACUUCUUUUUUUAUAAAGAGUAUGGAAUUAAAUUAGACAAUUCCUAUGAUUUCGAAAAAAUUAAUUUUGGAAAUCUCGAUAUUCAUAUAGGAAAUACAAUUUACAGAGCAAUUAUGAAUAAUGACAAAGAAGUGUUCAUCGUGUUCACGGAAAGAGAUGAAUUUGAUGAAGAUCAAAAACUUGAAAGCAAAUUAUAUCCAUUUUCUGGUGAAAGAUAUUCAUUACUUGAAUUAUGUUGUUACCACGGAGCAGUUGAUUGUUUCAAGUUAUUAAUAACAAAAUUUAAUUCAGAAAUAACUGAAAAAUGUCUACAAUUUUCAUUUUUAGGAGGAAAUCCAGAGAUCAUGAGCGAAUGUCUGAAAUAUCAUAAACCAAAUAAAGAAUGCAUGCAUUAUGCAAUUAUUUCACACAACAUUGAUUUUGUUACAUUCUUGAUGAAUGAAUACAAUUUAGGGAUAGAUUUAGAAGAUUGUGGACUUCAAAACAAUCUUGAAUCAUUUUUAGUAUAUUUCGAUCAAACAAAUGAUAUUAAUCGAUGCUUUUUUUACUCAACAAUAUUUGAUAUACCAUCCCUUUGCGAAUAUUUCCUUUCACAUGGUGCAAAUAUCAAUGCAAAAGAUUAUUAUGGACAAACAGCUCUUCAUAUUGCAGCAAAAUAUAAAAGAAAAGGAGUAGCCAAAUUUCUUCUUUCAUAUGGUGCAAAUAUCAAUGAAAAAGAUAAAAUUGGACAAACCGCUCUCCAUAUUGCAGCAAAAUAUAAAAGUAAAGGAGUAGCCAAAAUUCUUCUUUCACAUGGCGCAAAUAUCAAUGAAAAAAAUAAAAAUGGACAAACUGCUCUAUGUGUUACAGCAAGAUAUAAUUUUAAAGAAACAGCUGAGCUUCUUCUUUCAUAUGGUGCAAACAUCAAUGAAAAAGAUAAAAAUGGAAUAACCGUUCUUCAUAUUGCAGCAAUAUAG